AUGAAAGAAAGCGAUAUGGCCCUUUUCUUGCAGGUGCUCUGUCGCCGAGAGCUAGCUCAUCUGCCAGCAUUGCCUCCUCUUGUCGACUUUGGAACAUGCAUGGUGGGCGAGGUCCCAGAGGUGCGGAUUCCAGUGCGAAACGAAGGUGGCGAAGCAGUGUUCACAGUCGCUCAUUUUCCAUGCGGUGACAAAGAUCAAGAGCUCCUAGAAAAUUCCAAAUAUGAACUGCAUCUUCCUCUAGCAAUUCACAAACCGACAGCAACAGCUAACGUGCAACAUGCAGGGAAUGAAUACCAAAAGGGCCAUUCGCCUGACCUCGCGAUAUCGGCACGUUUCAAACAUCGUUUCUUCACUCUGGACCCAGCGAGCUUUGCUCUAAAGAAAGGAGAAGAGCAAGAAGUAUGCGUGCGUUUUGCAAGCCAAAAAGCAGGCGUUUUCGAGAAUGACUACGUCAUACGCAGUGAUUCUGGUCAAACGUGGCCCCUACGUUUUAAAGCCUGCGCAACGUCAACUCAGAUUGAACUUGUUCAAUUCGAUGGCAAGCCGUGGACUAUGCAGAGGCUCUUUGACGCCGAGGACUGGUAUGAAGGAGAACGAAGAAGGGACGUGGGAAACGAUUCGUUCGAGAAAGUGACAAGUAACUGGAAAGGUGAACCAGGAGGUGAAAGGGGGCAAAAAGAAGCCCAAAACGGCAUUGCGUUACGAGCUCUUCCGAACAAAAUCUGUUUCGGGGAGGUACAGGUGGACGGUGGCGUAACUGAGAGAAGAAUGUCGCUGCGGAACAGGAGUCAGCUUCCUGUCAAACUGAGGUGGCGGUUACUUCCAGGGCACCCGUAUGCAAUCGAUAUCCACGCAGACGGAGAAAAUCGACAUUGCCAAUUUUCCCUUAACCCAACAAGCAUUGACCUUGAGCCUGGAGCAACCCAAGAGUUCAUUUUCUCCUUCAAGCCUUACAAACAGGGCAUAAAAAUCAGAAAAGUUGCCGAAGCCACAGCAGAACUGGAGGUGAGGGGCUUUCCGCCACAGGACGUUCUGCGGUGGCAAUCGUUCAAGCAUGCAUGUAGCACACCUUCGAAAACAACAGUCGAUUCCCAGCGCACGCGGACAAGCAAUCCUAAAAAGAAAUGCGUAAGCAUAUUCGCCAUGCUGUGGCUCUGUUGGCAUCGUCAGCCUCAGCAGAGCCUGGUACGGGAGUGCUGUGGGGUUGGUGUCGCUCUGUCUCCCAUAGAAACGCACUCAGCCUACCUCAGGAAGUUCCCUGCUAGUGCCGAAAGAAGCUGGUUACGCGGAAACGUUCUUUUCCCAUACUUCGUUCAUCUGCUCUUUCAACGGAGAUUACCGCCCGUGAAGACAUUACUUCUUCGCCCGUAG